AUGGCGCCGGAGUGCAGCCGCCGCGACGCUUCCCCCAGCGCGACCCUUCUGAUCGUUAGCGUUGCACUCUACACCGUCCUCGCCGCCGCCUCCAGUCCGAAGGCGGUGGCGUCCUCGUCGGCGCUGUCCUCUCGCGCAGCGCCGGAACAGCGGCAGCUGCCCCUGUCCGCUGAUCUCACCACGGAGCUAUACGGAGAUGGAGAAGCGGUUCAGAGUGUACGUGUACGAGGAAGGCGAGCCGCCGAUCCUGCACGACGGUCCGUGCAAGAACAUCUACACCAUCGAGGGGCGCUUCAUCUAGCAGCUCGAGCUCAUGGCGCCGUCGUCGGCAGCUUCGUCGUCGCGGCAGGGCAGCCGCUGGCGUCGGGCGGUCAUUGGCGUCCGGACGUCGGAACCCGCGCGCGCCCACGCCUUCUUCCUGCCGUUCAGCGUCUCCCAGAUGGUGCGCAGUUCGCGUACCGCCCCAACACCUACGACAAAACCCCUCUCCGCGCCAUCGUCGCCGACUACGUCCGCGUCGUCGCGUCCCGACACCCCUACUGGAACCGCUCCGCCGGCGCCGACCACUUCAUGCUCGCCUGCCACGAUUGGGGUCCUGCGGCGUCGAGGGGGCACCCGGAGCUGUACGCGAACGGCAUCCGCGCGAUCUGCAACGCCAACACCUCGGAGGGCUUCCGGCCGGGGCAGGACGUGAGCGUGCCGGACAUUAACCUCUACGACGGAGAGAUGCCGCGGGAGCUCCUGGCGCCGGCGGCGCCAGGGGUGACGUCGCGUCCGUUCCUCGCCUUCUUCCCCGGCGGCCGGCACGGGCACAUCCGUGACCUCCUGCUCCGGCACUGGAAGGACCGUGACCCGGACGUGUUCCCGGUGUACGAGCACAGGCAUGACGAUGCGCUCGACUACUACUCGUUCAUGCGGCGCGCGCGCUUCUGCCUGUGCCCGAGCGGGUUCGAGGUGGCGAGCCCGCGCGUCGUCGAGGCCAUCCACGCCGAGUGA